GCCGUCUGGUCGGUCUCGCUGCUCCUUACGCUGCCCAUGAUGCUGAUGGUCACCCUGACCGAGGGGGGCAAGGCAGAGGGCAAGGUGAAGAGGAUCUGUGCGCCCACCUGGAGCGCGGAUGCUUACCGGACCUACCUGACGGUGCUCUUCAGCACCAGCAUCAUGGCCCCGGGAAUCAUCAUUGGCUUCCUCUACACACGCCUGGCCAGGACCUACCUGGAGUCCCAGAGGAACCCCCCCCACAAGGAGAAGAGCAAGAGAUCUCCCCGGCAGAAGGUCCUCAUCAUGAUUUUCAGCAUCGUGCUGGUCUUCUGGGCUUGCUUCCUGCCGUUUUGGAUCUGGCAGCUGGUGCGACUCUAUAGCAGCUCCCUGCAGCUCACCACCCAAACCCAAAAGUGCAUUAACUACCUGGUGACCUGCCUGACCUACAGCAACAGCUGCAUCAACCCCUUCCUCUACACCCUGCUCACCAAAAACUACCGGGAGUACCUGCGCAACAGGCACCGCAACUUCUACAGGUUCACAUCCUCCUUUCGCAAGAGGGGCUCCAACCUGCAGUGCUCCUGGGGACGGUCCAUGUCCUCCAGCAACCAGUACGACUACAGCUCGGAAGCCCUGGGCAUGGCCACGCUGAAGGACAAGUGA